UCGAACACCUCUCACAAGCACAAGCCACCCCCCAAAUAUGAGUCCAAGCAUCCCUUCCGAGGCCAGCCAGCCUCUCCCCGCUAGUUCCACCGUGGCCCAGAGGAAACAAGCCCACGAGCUCAGAAAGACUCUCAAGCCGCUGUUGGAGAAGAGAAGACGCGCUCGUAUUAAUGACAGUCUGAACCAUUUGAAGAGUCUCAUUCUGCCCCUGGUUGGCAAAGACAACGCGCGCUACUCCAAGCUGGAGAAAGCGGACGUUCUGGAAAUGACCGUCCGCUUCCUCAGGGACCUUCCAGCAUCUCCCGCAAAAGACCCCGCAGAAAGUUACCGAGAAGGUUACAAAGAGUGCCUCCAGCGGGUCUCGGCUCUGCUCCCUCAUAGCAGCCUCAACCAGGACGCAUGCGAGCGGGUCAGUGACUUUGUGCGGCGCUCCAUGUCCGCCACGGUCAACCCGUCCUGCCUCAACUGCUGCGCGCAGACCUCCAGGGCUCUCCCCCACAUCCAACAGAGGCUGCUGAGCCUCAAGUCCGGCUUGAACUCCACGAGGGCCGAGAGCCAGCCUCAAUCUCCGCCGGUGGUCCCGGCGCAACAAGUCCCUCCUGCCGUCAGCGCUGACAUGUGGAGGCCCUGGUAGAUUCAACGGACGCUUGUUUAAUGCUUUAUUUAUUUGGAGACGAUCCACUUAAAACACGCGUAAUGAUUAAGAUGAGCGGUGGGCGCCGCUGUGCUGCGUAAUGUCAUCCAGCGGUUGGUUAAUUUUCGGGUAAAAUAGAGCACAGAACCCAAAGAAACUGUAUCGUUUGCUCCGUUUUUAUUAUUGCAAUCCUCUUUGGGGUUUCAAAGGCACGGGUUGUCGACAACACUUUUUGUAAAACCCCAAGGGUUACUCGGUCGGAGGUUUGCACGAUGGACUUAAAAGUAUUUUGGUCUGUGCAAAAGAAUAGUCUGUAAACACUAUGUGUUAAAUGAACGUGUUGGAAGCAUGGCGCGAAAAUGUGAUGUCUGGAA